UUUCCUGUCUGAUACCAGACCGCGGGGCCGACGUAGAAUAUGGCGGAGCCUCAUCACCCGGUGACCGACAACAAACACAGGGCCUCGCUGAACUCCGCGGCGUCGUACUCGGGCAACGGCCGCAGCAGCACGGCGGUGACGGAGAGAGGCGGCGACGCCGGGCAGGAAGAAGAAGGAGGAGGUGGAGGAGGAGGAGCAGCUGGUCUGCCCUGCGGCCUGUCGCAGCCGGCCGGGUGGCAGUCGCUGCUGUCCGUCACCAUCCUGUUCCUGGCCUGGCUGGCCGGCUUCAGCGCGAGGCUCUUCGCCGUCAUCCGCUUCGAGAGCAUCAUCCACGAGUUCGACCCCUGGUUCAACUACAGGGCGACUCACCACCUCACCACCAAUGGCUUCUACGAGUUCCUCAACUGGUUUGACGAAAGAGCCUGGUACCCUCUGGGUAGGAUCGUCGGGGGCACGGUGUACCCUGGCCUGAUGGUCACGGCGGGCCUCAUCCACUACGUGCUCAACCUGCUGCACAUCACCGUCCACAUCCGGAUGUGCGUGUUCCUGGCGCCGGUGUUCAGCGGCCUGACCUCCAUCUCCACCUACCUGCUCACGAAGGAGCUGUGGAACCAGGGGGCGGGGCUACUGGCGGCGUGCUUCAUCGCCAUCGUGCCCGGCUACAUCUCGCGCUCCGUCGCCGGAUCCUUCGACAACGAGGGCAUCGCCAUCUUCGCCCUGCAGUUCACCUACUACCUCUGGGUGAAGUCGGUGAAGACGGGAUCCGUCUUCUGGUCCAUCGGAUGCUGCCUCUCCUACUUCUACAUGGUGUCGGCUUGGGGCGGUUACGUGUUCAUCAUCAACCUCAUCCCCCUUCACGUAUUUGUCCUGCUUCUCAUGCAGCGCUUCAGUAGGAGGCUCUACAUAGCCUACAGCACCUUCUACAUCAUCGGCCUGGUCCUGUCCAUGCAGAUCCCCUUCGUCGGCUUCCAGCCAAUCAGGACCAGCGAACACAUGGCGGCAGCAGGCGUGUUCGUGCUGCUCCAGAUCUACGCCUUCCUGCAGUACCUGAAGGACCGGCUGACCCGGCAGGAGUUCCAGACCCUGUUCUUCCUGGCCGUGUCUCUGGCCGCCGGAGCGGUGUUCAUGUCCGUCAUCUACCUGACGUACACAGGGUACAUCGCUCCGUGGAGCGGGCGCUUCUACUCCCUCUGGGAUACGGGCUACGCGAAGAUCCACAUCCCCAUCAUCGCGUCGGUCUCGGAGCACCAGCCCACCACCUGGGUGUCCUUCUUCUUCGACCUGCACAUCCUCGUCUGCACCUUCCCAGCCGGCCUCUGGUUCUGCAUCAAGAACAUCAACGACGAGCGCGUCUUCGUGGCCCUGUAUGCCAUCAGCGCCGUCUACUUUGCCGGCGUGAUGGUGCGCCUGAUGCUGACCCUGACCCCGGUGGUGUGCAUGCUGUCGGCGGUGGCGUUCUCCAGCGUCUUCGAGCAUUACCUGGGCGACGACAUGAAGAGGCAGAGCCCGCCGGCUGAGGACAGCAGCGACGAGGACGACCGCAAGAACGCCGGCAACCUCUACGACAAGGCCGGUAAGGUGCGUAAACACGUGUCCGAGCAGGAGAAGGCCGAGGAGGGCCUCGGCCCCAACGUCAAGUCCAUCGUCACGAUGCUGAUGCUGAUGCUGCUCAUGAUGUUCGCCGUGCACUGCACCUGGGUCACCAGCAACGCCUACUCCAGCCCCAGCGUGGUGCUGGCGUCCUACAACAACGACGGCUCGCGUAACAUCCUGGACGACUUCAGGGAGGCGUACUAUUGGCUGAGGCAGAACACGGACGAGCACGCCAGGGUGAUGUCGUGGUGGGACUACGGCUACCAGAUCGCGGGCAUGGCCAACAGAACCACGCUGGUGGACAACAACACGUGGAACAACAGCCACAUCGCGCUGGUGGGCAAAGCCAUGUCGUCCAAUGAGAGCGCGGCGUACGACAUCAUGCGGUCGCUGGACGUCGACUACGUGCUCAUCAUCUUCGGCGGCGUCAUCGGAUACUCGGGAGACGACAUCAACAAGUUCCUGUGGAUGGUUCGCAUCGCAGAGGGGGAGCACCCCCGGGACAUCAGGGAAAGCGACUACUUCACCCCUCAGGGCGAGUUCAGGGUGGACAAAGCCGGCUCCCCGACGUUCCUCAACUGCCUCAUGUACAAGAUGUCGUACUACCGCUUCGGGGAGAUGCAGCUGGACUUCCGGACGCCGCCCGGCUUCGACCGGACGCGCAACGCCGAGAUCGGCAACAAGGACAUCAAGCUGAAGCACCUGGAGGAGGCCUUCACCUCGGAGCACUGGCUGGUCAGGAUCUACAAGGUGAAGCGGCCGGAGAACCGGGACCGCGUGGAGCGCCAGCUGAGGGGCGCCGACGCCACGCGGCAGAAGUUCACCUCCAGAAAGACGGCCAAGAGGAAGCGCGGCUCCAUCAGGAACACGCUCUCCCUCAAGAAGGGCAAGAAGCUCACCAGGAGAUCUUUGUAGGGCGGAGAGGGAGGAGACCAAAAAAAUCAUACAACAACAACAAAACAUUCAACAAAAAUAAAAAGCAGCAGCAGUGAAUCCACCGAUGAACACGGUCACCGAGCCUGGAAAUGUGACCCCCCCCCCCCCCCAGGCGACAGGAAGCAGACGCCAACCACGAGACUGCACGCCAUUCCUAAAUGGACAACUGGUACAAGUCGUCCAUUUAAUCCGUCUGAGACGACGAGAGGCGUUCAGGUACCUCAACACAUAUCGCACAUCUCAUAUCCAAGAGGCCACGAACGCCCCCGAGUCUGCACUUUGCCAGCUUGGGGGGGCGUGUCGCGCGCUCAGUCCAUCAGAACCCGUCCAGCGGUGACCUGCGUUUAUUCAUAUUUAAGGGUCACUGAGUUGCUACCGUUCUGUCCCGUUGCUCCUGAACGUUACAUCUAAACUACAAAACUCGUUAGUUCCGUGUGUGUGUUCUUUUUAAACCGCCCAGCAGCAUCUCGAGCUCUUCCACUUCGACACGUCGUCUUUGUUUUCCUUCUCAUACGACUAGUGAUCCGUUCUUUGUAAUUUGGUUAAACGGUUUCUUCCAAAUCGUCUUUAGUUCUCGUUUCUCGACGACGUCCCGAGGAACGCCACUAGUUCUCGAGCCGGAGCGUCGGAUCCAUUCGGUCCUUUUUGAUAUCGGUCGAGGUUUCUUCCAUCAGUUGUAAAGAUCUGGACGAGGUGAGAAUGAGACGCGCCCUUUUCUGAAUAAAGAGGUUGAAAUGA